AUGAGGAACAACACGGCAGAUCUAGGCGCAAGGUUCAAUCGGCGUGUCGCGACAUCCUUUAUUGGCCGCUUGUUCAGGCUAGAAGGCAGUGGUCACCCGAAAGAGAUCGCUGGCUCUACGUUCUUAAAUGAACUUCGAGCGGGAGCGACCACGUUUGCUGCAAUGACAUACAUCAUUGCUGUCAAUGCUUCUAUUCUUUCGCAAACAGGAGGUCCUUGUGUCUGUGAUGAGAAGAAUAGGAUUGACUGUGAUAAAAUCGAUAGCUAUGCCACAUGUAAAGAGGAGGUGAGGCGAGAUCUCAUCAUGGCCACGUCGGCUAUUGCUGCUCUCUCCAGCAUCCUAUUUGGUCUUUCCACCAAUCUUCCCAUCGCUCUCGCCCCGGGUAUGGGACUCAACGCAUACUUUGCUUUCCAGGUAGUCGGAUACAAUGGAUCCGGCAACAUCCCUUACGGCGUUGCCCUAACAGCAAUCUUCAUCGAAGGUCUUGUCUUCGUUUUCCUAGCACUAACGGGUAUGCGACAAUGGCUCGUUAAGCUUAUCCCCUCGACUAUCAAGUCUGCUACGGGAGCUGGAAUUGGCCUUUUCCUCACUGAGAUCGGGCUGUCUUACGGCACUGGCAUCGGUGCUAUCACUGGGGGUUGGAACGCUACUCCUUUGAGCAUCGCUGGCUGUCCCAUAGAGAUGAUCGAUCCCGAGACGGAGAUGUGCCGUGGAGGGUUGAUGUCUAGUCCCAAGAUGUGGACGGCUAUAUCUGCUGGUCUUCUACUGACGGUAUACCUCAUGGCCUUUAGAGUCAGGUAUGCCUUUAUCAUUGGCAUUGCGUUGGUUUCUGUCCUCUCAUGGCCACGGAGCACUGCUAUCACCUACUUUCCUGAUAGCCCAGAAGGAGACUCCCGCUUUGACUGGUUCCGUGAGAUCACAUCUUUCCGUCCUAUGAAGCAUACCUUCAAUGCUCUAGACUGGAACGUUGGCCAACAUGGGACUCAAUUCGCAUUGGCACUAUUCACCUUUCUAUACGUCGAUAUUAUCGAUGCAACUGCAACGAUGUGUUCUAUGGUACGCUUCUGCGGCGUCGUGGAAAACACGGACGGCGACUUUCCGCGGUCGACGAUUGCAUAUUGCUGUGAUGCUAUCAGUAUCUCCAUCGGCGCUCUUUUCGGCUGUUCCCCCGUGACGGCUUUUAUCGAGAGUGGUGCUGGGAUUGCCGCGGGAGGUUGCACGGGACUUACUGCCAUGACCACAGGCCUCUUCUUUCUCUUGGCUGUUAUGUUUGGUCCUAUCUUUUCUUCGGUGCCGCCGUGGGCAACUGGACCGGCUCUCAUCCUGGUUGGAUGUAUGAUGACUCGGCAGAUCACCGAGAUCAACUGGCGAUACAUCGGUGAUACUCUACCUUCCUUCGCCGUUAUCGCAUUUGUUCCCUUCUCAUACAGCGUCGCCUACGGCAUCAUCGCUGGCAUGUUCUUAUAUACAGCCAUCAACCUCUUGAUCUCAUUGACGGUUCGCAUCUCAGGAGGUAGCUUAGAACCUGAGAACUACGACAUGAAAGAAUACUGGACCUGGAGAGCUCCCGGUAGGAAGCCGUGGUAUGUCCGCGUCUUUCGCAACAUUUCGUCGUCCAGGAAGACUGUUGAUGAAUCUCGUCCUGAGACGUUUCAUAGUAGCAACGGUUCUGAUUGCGAGAUGGUUCGGGUGGCCUCGUAUGAUGAGUGUAAGGAUGAUACUACGCGCGUGUCUAUAUCGAUGCCUAAACAGACUUUCUCAAGGUUUUCUCGCUGA